AUGGCUGACGAUGCGACUGUUCGACAGGAAAUUCUCAACAAGACUCUGCAAGAGAUAGCGCUUGAAGACGAAGAUGGCACGAGUCCUUGCGUCAUAUGCUUAGAUGCCGUCAGCGAGGCGGCUAUCGCUAUACCCUGCAAACAUGACAAUUUCGAUUUUUUGUGUCUUGCGAGCUGGCUGCAACAGCGGCGCGUCUGCCCUCUGUGCAAAACAGAAUUGACCGCGAUUAAGUACGACCUUCAAUCGCCUCAAGGUCCGAAGCUCUAUGCUCUUCCUCCGCCCCAAGACCGCGUUGCCGUCGCAGAAACCCAUGCCCCUCGAGGCCCCCAUUUGAACAGGCAGCGUUCUCGACGUAGACCGUUCCAGCAUCGAGCUCCCUACACUCCCGAUACCGAGGACGCACUGGCCCGGCGCCGCCACGUCUAUCGUAACCAAUUAUUCUCACUCCGGGUGGGCUCCAAUCGUCUUUCGCAAUACCGCGAGCUCACACCACAACUAUUCAACCGCGAUGAAAACCUUGUUUCUCGAGCCCGGAAAUGGAUCAGGCGAGAACUUCAAGUCUUUGAAUUCCUAAAUCCCGACGAUACCGAAGCUGAAGAGCAGUCAGGCGGCAGACCUCGACCAGGCGAACAAAGACUUCAAAACCGACGGGCGAACAAUGCAGAAUUCUUGCUGGAAUACGUCAUUGCUAUUCUGCGUACCGUCGACAUCAAGGGGAGCGCAGGACAAGCAGAGGAGCUUUUGCAGGAGUUUAUCGGAAGGUCGAAUGCGCGCUUGUUUCUGCACGAGUUGAAUUCGUGGUUGAGGAGUCAGUUUCUCUGGCGGAUGCCUCUGAUGGCCGAUCUGUAUCUGGCUCGCUGA